AUGCUGAGAUGUCGCAGACUUCUGAAGAGCUACUUCCUUUCCCCUGGCUUGCUUGAGAUAGGGGGCAGAGUCAGUUGCUGCGAGGCUUCGAGUUUUCUUUUGGAAAACUCACAUAGAAAGUUCUUUGGAGUGAUCCAGCUAAUUAGGGCCCAGCAAGAUCUGCGACAUGUGACAGGGCACCCGUGGAAGGAGGGCCACCACUUGAGUGCACCAAGCAGGGACCCUGCAGAACUGACUAUAUUCUUGGUCAUUACCCUGCGCCCGAUCAAGCGCAGAUUGUGCGCCCUUCUGGUGCAGCCCAGUUUUUGUGCUCCCGCGCAGAGCGUGGUGGAGCUCCAUGGAUCAUAG